GCGCGUUCGCCCCGCCGCACCCGGGUUCCGACUUCCCCUCCAGCCUGGCUGGCGGUCUCGCGCUCCCCGCCCGGCCAGCAGAGCCCGCGCCGCGGCCGCCCAGCGCUCGCAGAGGUCGACAUGGGCCCCGCGCGCUGGCUCGCCCUCGGCAGCCUCCUAGCCCUGAGCGCGCCGCUGGAAGGCCGGCUCGUGAACCUAGAGGACCCCGGCUUUGGCGAAUGUGACCAGUUCUUCUACGCCGGGACUCCGCCAGCGGGGCUGGCGGCCGAGGGCCACGUGAAGAUCUGUCAGCGCUCCGAGGGCACUGAGCACUUCGCUACCCUGUACAGCACCCGGGACCGCAUCCCCGUGUACUCGGCGUUCCGCGCCCCGCGCCCCCUGCCCGCCGGCGCGGAGCAGCGCUGGUUGGUGGAGCCGCAGAUCGAUGACCCCAACAGCGACCUUCAGGAGGUGAUGAAUGAGGCCGACGCCAUCACCACUGUGAGCAGCCUGGGAAGCAAGCAAGCCUUGAGCACAGAUUACCUGGAUUCUGAUUAUCAGAGAGGACAGCUGUACCCAUUCUCCCUCGGCAGUGGCUUCCACACAGUCAUGUUCACUCUCACAAAUUCAGCUCCGAUGACCCCAACCUUCCAGGAGCGGUGGUACAUGAAUCUCAACAGCCUGAUGGACCAGGCCCUGACCCCACAGUGUGGCAGUGGGGAUGACCUCUAUAUCAUCACUGGUGCCGUGCCCUCAGACAGCAGAGUCAAAGACAGAGUGACCAUCCCUGAGUUUGUUUGGCUGGCAGCCUGUUGUGCUGUCCCUGGAGGAGGCUGGGCCAUGGGCUUUGUCAAGUACACCAGGGAUGAUGAUGUCAUAGAAGAUGUGAUGGUGAAAGAACUCGAGAAACUGCUUCCGUUUAGCCCUCAGUUGUUCCAGAACAACUGUGGUGAAGCAGAACAGGACACAGAGAAAAUGAAAAAAAUCCUGGAAAUGGUUAACCAGGUCCAGGAUGAAGAGCGAUUGGUGCGCUCCAAGGAGAACUCUGGUCCUCUCUCCGGCACGCGGAGCAAGAGGUCUGCGCUGCUGCCUCCCGACGCACCUGAGGAGAGGAGUAGCUUUUGGGGGAGACUCAUAGGCUUCAUCGCUACCCCAUUCAUCAAGCUUUUCCAGUUAAUUUGUUACCUUGUGGUGGGAAUCCUGAAGAGCAUUGUGUGUUUGCUGUGGUGUGUCACCAAGCAGGUGGUCAAUGGCAUAGAAAGUUGCCUUUACCGCCUGGGUUCAGCCGCUGUCUCGUACUUCUUGGCCAUUGGGGAAGAGUUGGCAAGCAUUCCCUGGAAGGUACUCAAAGUCAUAGUCAAAAUCAUCAGGGCCCUUCUCCGGAUCCUUUGUUGUCUGCUGAAGGUUGUCUGCCGCAUCCUGGGCAUCCCGGUCCGAGUCCUCGUGGACGUGGCCACCUUCCCCGUGUACACCAUGAGCGCCAUCCCGGUCGUGUGCAAGGACAUCGCAGUGGGCCUUGGUGGCACCAUCUCUCUGCUCUUUGACACUGCUUUUGGUACAGUGGGUGGCCUGUUUCAGGUUGCUUUCAGUGUUUGCCAGCGAAUUGGCUACAAGGUUGCUUUUGACAGUUCUGGGGAGUUAUAGAACUCAAAACACUAAUAGUGACCAGUCACAUUUGAUUUUUUUUUUUAAAUAGAGAAGGCUGGAAUACUUUGUAUGAUGGGUUUCUGCUCACUAUCAAUUAUCAUUAUAUUUUGGCCUUUCCUGGGGAUGUCUGUAUGUUUUUGCAAAGGAAGAUGGUAUACCUUAGACUUGACCCCGAAGAAAUGUUCAGGGUAGGGUUAUGUGUAGGUCAUCUGAUGUGAAUGGGCAAACUUCUAAACUGGUUACAUUCUCUGAUACAGAUGACCACCUGAGAUAUUCUGGUGUUCAGGUGUGAUAAUUAAAAAUUACAAAAGGGAAUAAUUAGAGGACAGCUUUAAACCAAAGGGUUUUUGAGACGAUGAGAAAGAAUCUUAUUCCUCCUAUUACUGUCUGAUACUCAAGGCAAAACCAAUAUGAAUAUUCUUGGCCAAUUUAUCUUUUGCUUCUCUUUCUCCUCGACUCAGCUGACCUUGGUGAAGUUCAGACUUGCUUCGCUGUUGAAAUAACUUUCUUAGGGUGUGGAAUCUGCUGUAUCCUUUAGCUUUCCAUGGCUCCCAAGGACAUUUACUUUGGACACUUUGGACACUUUGUCUCCAAAGUUGAAUUUUGCUGCAUUUUUCUUGUAUGUAAUGAUAAGCAUUUUAUGCCAAGCAUGGCAUAACACAUUUUGAAUGCCAGGGCAAAGACUGUUGCCCCUUGAACAGUGUAGUACAGUCUUCUUGGGUAUAAACAAGAGGGCGCAAGGGUGAGAGCCCAGCUCUGAGUGGGUGCUGUAAGUCCCAGGACAUCCCUAGCCAAGCUGGAUUCACUUGAAAUAUAUCAAAUCUCUGGCUGACAAGAUUGAGCUCAAAGACCUACAUGUUAAGCUAAUAGGAAAAUUCACACUCUGCAACCUACUAGAUCAGUCUUUCUCAUCCAUUGAGCAGAUGCCCAGCUCAGUAAAGCACUCUGACUUCUGUCCUUAAAUAAUUGUUUUGGUAUAAAUGUAUAGAAAGGAGCCACAGAACAAAAACUAUUCUAGCUAUCUGGAAAGUUUAUAUAUGUAUAAACUUGAUUAAGAAUUAUCUCUUAGGCAAUUUUUUUGUAUAUGGUGUUGGAGGCCUGAAAACAUAACGCUCCCAUUAAUGCAAAUUUGAUUUGAGAGCUAAUCCCCAAUGUUUUCAUCAAACAUUUGUCAUUUAAAACCUGGCACUGAAAGUGAUAAGAAAAGGAAGACUUUGUUCCGCUCUCUGCAGCUGAGAAAAAAUGGUCUGGAUUUUUCUGAGUGUUCUAAAGAGCCACCGUGAGGUUAUAAAGCACGGGUGUGGGGGCGGGAGGAGCAGGCCACCAUUCAUCUGAAAGACAGAUGCAGAAACCUGGGGUCCGGUGGGACAACAGGAGAGAAUGGUGGAUCAACUGUUUACUUUGGGUUGGUGGGUGAGAACCAUGAAUGUAGUGAGGUACAUUUUGCAGAAAAAUAAUUGAAUUGGCCCCUAAGUAGAAGGGCAUCCUGAUCAGUUUGUGAUGAAGGCUGGGGAGUCUGACGCCACACUGGUCUAUGACAGGGAGCACUGAACUGAAUUUAAGAAUCUUAAGCAGUAUUUCACCAACACUUCUGUCUGUGAGCAUUAACAUCUGUAGUCAGGCUUUCCUCCAUCUCAACAGUGUGAAGGUACGUGGAAGGGUGAGGGCACUGAUGGGUCAAGCAUCUGCCAGAUUAAAGACAGAAUCUUAGAAGUGACUGGAGAGACAGUCUGGCCAAACCUUCAUUCGAUGAGGAACCCGAGGCACAGGGAGGCGGGCUUGCCUUCGAUCUCACGGCUGCCUGAUGGCAUAGCAGGAGCCAGGAGCUUUUGCAUGUGCCCCAUCACACCUGGGAUGUCAGCUCUGCAGUGUGAGCGGUUCAGGUCAGCUGCCUGCCUGGACCGAGGUGGAGUUUGCUCCACCAUCCAUCAAACAGACUAAUCGGUUGGGCUUGGUCCAUGUGAUGACACUAUUAGCCAUCCAUGCACAACAUCACACAUAGCGCCUCCCACAGACUCUGCACUCGCACUUGUGCAUAUCUGCAAACCACAAGGCCCGGGGAGGCCCCCGUGGCAGCUUGAGCCCCUUGGAACCAUGCAAGGAGCAGGCAUCCAGACUGCUUCUUGAGAGCCAUUUGGAAAUAUCUUCUGGUUCACUGCUUUUUGUUAAGUGUCUUAUUUAUUUAUUCUUGUGUGGCCUUUUUUGAACUCUGGGAAGGGAUAAUAAAGCAAAAAAAAAAAUCUUUAAGUUUAGGCGGCUGAGACUCUCUGCCUUGGACCACCAGGGGGCUGUGCCUCUGGCUCACUGGUGAGCCAGCAGGUGGCUGGACUGCUGGUCUGCUGCCCAUGAGCUACUUUGGGUUUUGAGGUGGGAGUUUGGGUUGAUAAAUCCCAUCUCUGGCUUGAAGAUUUGUCUGUGGCUCUGUUGUAUUCUCAGGCUCUUGGGGAAGUCGGCCAACUCUUUUACUAUAAAGCCGAUUUUCUAGGGUGUGGACUAGCCACACUUGUGGACAUUCCUUUUCCAUUGUGCCUUCUGAAUGUUGGCUUCUCACUCGGCAUUAACACUUCCAGCUAAACACAGACUAGGGAGUGGGGAGAAGGAACUAGAGUGAAGCGCUCUUCAUUCAUUCAGUCCUUCAUCUGUCCAGUGUGUACUUGAACAUCAAGGUUGCAGAGAUAAACACAUGGAUCCCAUCCUUCUUCAGAACUCCAGUGGAGAGACCACAUGGUGCAGCUGAGACGUGUGACCCAUCAUGGUGAGUGCUCCACCAAAGGGACUGACCAGCAGCCCGUUCCCUGGAGCGCAGGAGGGGAAAGACCACAGGACCAUGGAGAUUCAGGAAGCCUUUAGAGAGGGUGUGACAAGUCAGUUUGACAUUUCCAAGCUAUAUACAAUGCUGUGCACCUUGCAACACUCAAUAAAGUAACUGUUGACAGCUCA